GCUGGGGGACUUGGCGUAAACGUGCAGGCCCCCACGUCGGGUUGGAUUCCUUGUGGCGCUCGCGUGGGAGCAACAGUGCAUGGCUACGGCCCCCUCAGCUAGUCCGCAGCCCAAUCGACAGCGCGCGAAUGCGCCUGCUCGGAAUGGCGUUAUCGAUGGCACACAAGUUAUCGGCAUGCAAGAUGCCAUUUGGCCGCCGCUGGCUGGAGCUUGGCGCUUUGACCCCUCGCAGGCCCCAUUCCUGAGCAGUUCGUCAUUUCAUUGAAAAGGAAGCAUCGCCUUCCACCGCCUUCUAUCACCCUCACCCCUCUCGUCGCCUCCCGUCCCUUCUUCCUCCUCCGCCUUGUGGCCCGUUGGCUCUCUUAUCUGUCCUGAGGCCCUUCAAUGCAAACGUCAUCCGCUGAAAUCGUUGCGCUACAUGACUUUCAGCGACGGCAGCCAAUCGUGAGCUACCAUGGACCCGAUCAGCAACGGCUCGGAAAGCUUGACCCAGAGCCCCUUCGACAUCCCCCGUGAAGACGUCGACGCGCUCUGCGCAUCUGAGGGCUUCCGGGUGCUGCGCAGCUAUCUGGCGAAAGAUGCAGACUUCUGCGCGCUCCAUUCGGCAUGCGAUCAGCCAGCGGAGGAGACAUGGCUACUCCACCGCGACCUGCUGCAUGCCCUGAUCAUGCCCGUCGUCGAGCUGUUCCGGCGCGCCUCGGCGCUGGCUGAGGCCGCCCUAUGCACCCACAAAAGCGAGGACCUAGAGCUCGCGUUUGCGGGCGAGGCGCGCAGUGCUUUCCUGUGGCUACAGUGCUUCAUCACCGAGGAGGAGGAGUGGUGCCGUACGCGCGGCUGUCCUGCUUGCGUGAUAACGGCGACGCUCAGCACCGAAUCGCACAUACGCUUAACCAUAGCCGCAUCGCUCCUCUCUACUGCCUCCGUCUCCUCGCCCAACUCGUCGCCCGCAGCUUCGGCCACCUCCUCCCCGCCCACCUCACCCAUCAGCGAAGAGCCUUGCUCCUCCGGCCCCAGCCUCCCUCCCCUCCCGCACAUCCUCCCCGCUCUCCGCGACGCCCUCUCCUCGGACCCGUUCUGGGGCCCGGAUUACUGGUCAUACCUUUUCUCGCGCGCGUCACAACUAUCCGGCGGCAUCCAGGCUCUGAUUACCGAAUGCGUAGACCUGGAGUCCCUCGUCUCGUCGCCUACCCAACACAAGCCAGUCGCCAAGCGCAGCGUGACGACGCCCACGGACCAGUUCCCCGUGAGCGGCGGGGCGCCCGAGGAGAAGGGAGUGAAGCUGCGGAAGAGCAAGUUGGCUAAGCGCCAGCUGAGGAUGAAGGGCGAGGAGAUUGAGCUGAUGAGGAGGUGUGCAUUACAAACUUGGGCUAGGGCUGCCUUUCCCAGCAAAGUUCGGGGAGAAAUACUGGGACGGGGCGAGAAGAGGGUUAGGAGUUUGACCUGCCCGUGAAGAGCGCUGCCCGUCUCAUUUCAUUCCAGACAUCUUGCAGUGGGAGCUUCGCAGACCGGGCAGAAGAUUCGGGCGUUUGCAGCAUCGUUUAGCAGGGACCAUAAGAUACCACUAACAGCAUCUCUUUUCCUUGAGUCUACUAGAAUUACAAUGAAGGGCCUUUCCUGCCCCUACUUCUCUUUAUCUUUCAAGAAACACAACUGGCCCUCUGCCUUGCAUUAGAUUUUCCGUUGCAUCUCUGCAGCCUCCUACACCUUUUAAUGCGAGCCUUUUUGAGCGCCUGCGAUCGUGUUUUUGGAUUUCCGGCGGUCUAAAAAAAAAGAGGAAGUUGCGGUUGUCGGCCUUCGUUUCGCCUUCCGCGACCGUGGUGGCUUCAAGCUCACCCA